AAAGUAUACCCCCUGAUAGCCACUCCGCUUGGAAAAGGACGCAUUACAAUCUAGCUCCCAUAACCUUAUACCCCCUUCGAAAAUGGCCUUCCGAUCUGUCCUCCCCGCGCUGUCCCGACGAGCGUUCGCUCAGCCCACCGUCGCCGGAGCAGCGGCGAGGAGCAUCUCGAGCUCGACCGCUAGGCAGAGCGAGAACUUGUUCGUCCACCGGGAUACCGAUUACAACAACCCCAACAUCCCCUUCAAGUUCAACGAAGAAUACGCCAAAAAGGUGCAGACCAUCAUCUCCCGCUACCCGGCCCAGUACAAGAAGGCCGCCGUCAUCCCCGUACUCGAUCUCGGGCAGAGGCAAAACGGAUGGACUUCUCUGGCGGUGAUGAACCAUGUGGCCGAGGUCUUGGAGAUGCCGAGAAUGCGAGUUUACGAGGUCGCCACUUUCUACACUAUGUUCAACCGAGAACCGGUCGGUAAACACUUGAUCUCGUUUUGCGGGACGACACCGUGUCAACUCGGAGGCGUCGGUGCCAAGAAGAUCUGGGAUUCCAUCUCGGGACAUCUGGGCGGAUUGAAGAACGGAGAGACCACCAAGGAUGGCAAGUUCACCCUGAUCGAGGUCGAGUGUCUCGGUGCCUGUAGCAAUGCCCCAAUGAUCCAGAUCAACGACGACUUUUACGAGGACUUGACCCCGGAGACGACGAUCAAGAUUCUCGACGCGCUCGCCCGUGGCGAGACCCCCAAGCCGGGUCCUCAGAGCAGCAGGAAGACGAGUGAGAACGCUCAGGGAAUGACCACUUUGACGAGCGCUCCUUAUGGACCCGGGGAGCACUGUCAGCCCGAGUUCCAGUAGAUGGAGCUCGUGAGACUUUUGACGCAUGUCUUUUUCUGUACCAAAUGAUGAUCUUAAUGCAAGCGGAGCGAACAUUGGCACUUCUGCUUUUCUCGUCGGCCCUCUCGAUUCCUUCUCGAUCAGCUUGGUCUGGCUCGUUUCCUUCUAUUUCAAGUGUCG